AUGGCGCACCAUGCAGACAGUUCAAAAGCUAAUCAAAACCCCCUUAAAGAUGCUAGGGUUGGCGGCAUCUGGCGUCUGGGCCGGAAGAUCGGAUCAGGGUCCUUUGGCGAUAUCUACAAAGGUGUGAAUGUACAGACUGGAGAGGAGGUGGCUAUGAAGGUAGAGAGCGCCAAGGCAAAGCAUCCGCAGCUUAUCUACGAGUCGAAGUUAAUCAAGCAUUUGCAAGGUGCCCCAGGAAUCGCCCAGAUAUACUAUUGCGAUGCAGAGGCAGAUUUCAACAUAAUGGUCAUGGAACUUCUAGGUCCGAGCCUUGAAGAUCUCUUCAACUUAUGCAGCCGCCAGUUCACGCUGCGCACAAUUCUGAUGAUUGCGGACCAAGUUCUGGAUCGGGUUGAAUACUUACACAGCAAGAAUUUUAUCCACCGCGAUAUCAAGCCGGAUAAUUUCCUAAUAGGCAGAGUCAACGGACCUCACCAGAGCGUGAUAUACAUGAUUGAUUACGGAUUGGCGAAGAAGUAUAGAGAUCCAAAGACGCACCAGCACAUUCCGUAUCGGGAGAACAAGAAUUUGACAGGGACUGCCCGGUAUGCUUCAAUAAGCGCUCAUCUUGGCUCGGAACAGAGUCGUCGCGAUGAUCUAGAGGCUGUAGGCUACGUCCUUAUGUACUUCUGCAGGGCUGGGACGCUACCCUGGCAGGGUAUAAAGGCUAAUACGAAGCAAGAGAAGUAUCAUAAGAUCAUGGAGAAGAAGAUGUCCACUCCUGUCGAAGUUCUUUGCAAAGGAUAUCCCUCGGAAUUUGCCACUUACCUCAACUACUGCCGGCAGCUUCGAUUCGAAGACAGACCAGACUAUGCGUAUCUUCGGGGACUCUUCAAAGACCUCUACAUAAAAGAGGGAUUUGACCAACAGGAUGCGUCAUUCGAUUGGACGCCGAAGCUGAAUGCACGCAAUGCUGGACUUGGCCACUCGACGGACCGCCUUCACGGCCACUGCACCCAAGAACCACGGCAUUGGUCUCGGCGAGAGCAAGACAGGCUUGCGCCGGGACGGAGUCGAGAUGCUAGCAAAAAUCAGCUUGCAGUAGGCAACGGCAACAUGGUUAACCCGUCUAUGGCAACGAAUCCUGGCGGAGUCUCAGUGAUGGCGCCUGACCGCGGUGCUGGCGAGGCUGCUGCGCAGGCUAAUCUUGAGACGCAGCAAGAGAAAGAUGAGAUUUUUGUGUCAAAUCUCCCACAAAGACCUGAGCAGCAGACAUUGCCGACCUUCGGCAUGCAGCAGUCAGUUGCACUUGGCAUCGUCAAUUAG